UCCCUCAAAAUUAUGGAAGAUUAUUAAUAACCAUCCCUAUUAAGCUUAAUCUCCCUAUUUAAAUCCUCCAUUUCUGCAAUCUCAAUCCUCCAAAUCCAAAUCCGAGAAAUCACAAACACUAACUACAGUGCCAUGGGCUGCGCCCCCUCAAAGCUCGACGACCUGCCGGCCGUGGCUCUCUGCCGGGACCGGAACAAGUGUCUGGACCAAGCUCUCCGGCAAACCCAAGCCCUCGCCGACGCACACGUGGCGUACUCGGAGUGCCUGAGAGCACUCGGCCCCUCCCUCACUCGUUUCUUCGAUAUCGGACUACUUGAAGAAGAGAAGUACGGUAAUUCUCGGACCACCUCGGCUUCCGAUUCCAAGUCCAAGUCGGGCUCGGGUCACCUCCAAUUCUCUUCCGACUCCGAAUCCGAAGACGGCGCCGAUAAACACCCGGAUGAGCCACGUGUUCACCGAUACGGCGAUUUGAGUUCGAGCGGCAGCGGCGUCGUUUUGACCUCCCAUUUUGCCAAAACCCCACCGCCGCCGCCGUCUCCUAUCAGCUCUACUUGGGAUUUCCUGAACCUCUUCGAUGACACGUACGAGAGAUACGAAUCGAUUUGUGCUUUCAAUUCGGAGGCUGUUACUGAUCACGGUGAAAAUAUUAGAAAUAAUAAGAUCGAGGGUGUGGUAGUAAAAAAUGAUGUGAAAAAUGUCGAAGAGGAAGAACAGAAGAGUGAGCCGACGGAGAAGAAGAGUCAGUCGGAGAAGUCGAGUACUCCUCCUCCUCCUCCAAGCGUGGAAGCCAAAAACGGCGUCGUUGAGGUUCAGUUCGAGAAAGCUUCCGAGUCUGGCAAUGAAGUUGUGAAGCUGCUGUCUCAUAGUCACCAUCACAGGAUUAGUUCGGUUAAUCCAGAGUGUGGGUUUGAUCAGGUUGAUUCCGCGAUGAGUUCGCAGAGCCUAGCAUACACUCUGAAGACUCUCUCCUUGUGGGAAAAGAAACUCUAUGAUGAAGUCAAGGCUGAGGAAUUACUGCGUUUGACUCAUGAGAAGAAGACUAGGAUGCUGAAACAGUUGGACAAGAAGGGUGGUGACUCCCCCAAAGUCGACUCUAUUCACAAUUCACUUAGCAAUCUGUUAACAAAAAUGAAAAUUGCAAUUCAGAUUGUUGAUAGAAUCUCGAUUACCAUCAAUAAGUUGAGGGACGAAGAGUUGUGGCCGCAGAUUAUUGAGCUGAUUCACAGGUUACUAGGCAUGUGGAAGGCUAUGCUAGAAUGCCACAAGCUCCAGAACCAAGCAAUUGCGGAAGCCAAAGGCUUAGAUGUCAUUGCAUCCAAAAUUAAGUACUCUAAUGAUGACCAUCUUGAGACUAUAAUUCAACUCAAGAUAGAGCUUCAAAACUGGAAUUUAUGCUUCUCCAAUUGGAUCAUCACGCAAAAAGGCUGUGUAAAAGCAUUAAAUGGUUGGCUUCUGAGAUGCCUUCUAUAUGAACCUGAAGAAACACAAGACGGUGCAGUACCCUUUUCUCCUGGUAGAAUGGGAGCGCCACCUGUUUUUGUGAUAUGUAACCAGUGGUCCCGAGCUAUGGAUCGACUCUCAGAGAAGGAAGUAAUUGAAGCCAUGCAGGGAUUCCAAACUAGUAUAGAUCUUCUUCUGGAACAGCAGAAUAUAGCACUGCAGCAAAGGGUUAUUGAAGACAAAGAUCUUGCAAGGAAAGUAAAACUUUUGGAGGAGCAGCAGCAAAAGCUGCAAAAGGUCAUGCAAGCUGGAAGAGGAAAAAAAUUUGGUCUACUGGGAGGAGAAGAGGGUAGAGUUGUUUUACCUGGAGAGAAACUGCAAGUGCCGAGUGAGGAUAAUAAAACUUCUAGGAAUACAGAAUGGGAUCUGAAGCAGACACUAACGGCAAUGGAGAAGUUCACUGCAAACUCCUUGGAAGCAUACGAAGAGCUCCAUGCACACAUUGAAGAAGUCCAGCAUGCUGCUAAUUGAGACAAACCAGUAUUAUUCAGGUUAUUACUUAACAGGCAUAAAGGUACUCGAUAGAAAUUUAGAUUAUUUCUACUUAGAUGAGUUAGAACUAGAUCAUUUGAUUAGUUUAGAAACUUGGUUUUCCCUUUUGAGGGGUUCAAGGUUUUGUGGAUAUCCCAAAUAUCAAAAUGUUGCUAUUGCUGCUUUCUCAUCAACAAGGGGAUUAGGCUUGACCGGAACAUGAGCCAGCUUGUUUAAAUUGUCUUUGAGAGAAAUAGCAAUAGCAUCCUGGUGAUUACUUGGUAGAUGUUUUUGAGAUGCCAAGAUUUCUGGACUACAAAAUAACUUGGUUCAGUUUAGUCAUAUAAUUCCCGCAAUGCUUAGGAAGAAGAAAGGUUACCUAGCAAUUUGACACAAGCUCGGAUUAACUUCCUAAACAGAGAAUGCUUGCUGGUUUAUGGGUUUCUCAUUGGACCUACAAGUCCUAUAACUUAUCAGUGGGCUUAGUCUUGUCAAA